AUGCUGUCGCCGCUUGAUAUCGAGCGGCGUAAGAGUCAGAUUUCAUCAAGAGAGCUGGCUUACUUUCUGCACCAGAGCAAAAGCAAUGUGGAGAAACUUGAACGGCUGGAGAAGUUACUUGUCCAAGACCCCUUACUCAAUCACGAAAAAAUGUACUACAUGACACGUGGGGAACAGUACAAACGCGCUACACAGAUGGCUCGACAAGCUGUAUUAAUUGCUCACCGCAACAACCUUGAUGAUCAAGACACGGCGCUGCUUCAUUUGGUGCUGCAGGGCUUCACGGAUGAGCAACAAUCACGCUGGAUGGAAAUGGCUAAGCAGUGGCGCAUGGUCGGCUGCUAUGUCCAGACAGAGCUGGGCCACGGCUCCAAUGUGCGUGGCCUUGAGACGACGGCGUCGUACAUUCCCGCUGAUGACGAGUUUGAGAUCCACUCACCAACGGUUACUUCCAUGAAGUGGUGGCCUGGCGCAUUGGCUCGCACUGCCAACUUUGGAGUGGUCUAUGCUAGGCUACUUCUCGGCGGCAAGGACUAUGGCGUUCACAACUUCAUGGUGCAGCUGCGUGAUCUGGAAACGCACGACGUGAUGCCCGGCGUGACGCUAGGUGACAUUGGUCCGAAGAUCGGGUUUAACAACGUGGAUAAUGGAUAUUGUGCAUUCAACCGCGUCCGCAUCCCGCGUUCGAACAUGGGUAUGCGGUUUGCGACGGUGACAUCGGAGGGCAAGUACACCAAGAACGUGGGUAUUCCCAAAGAAGUGAUUUACUUUACGAUGCUUCAAACGCGUAUGGUGUACGUCCGCUCAAGUGGAUUAGCAUUAGCGAAAGCCUGCACUAUUUCCAUACGCUACUCUGGAGUGCGCCGACAAGGUUACGAUGCCCGAAACCCAGAAUCCACCGAAGAGGUCUGCGUAUUGGAUUACCAAACGCAACAGUAUCGGUUGUUUCCACUGCUAGCAGCUGCAUAUGCCAUCAUACUAUCAGGAAAUCACGUUGACACAAUUGCGUCGCAAUUGGCAGAUCAAGUAAAAAACGGCGACUUGAGUAUGCUAGUUGAAGGUCAUACAAUAAGUUGCGGUCUUAAGGUGGUAGCGUCGGAAAUGGCUAGCAAUGGUAUCGAGACAUGCCGCAGGGCUUGCGGUGGACACGGAUACCUCCUCUCAAGCGGUCUACCCGUUCUUUUAGGCGACGUCGUUCAGAUGGUGACUGCUGAGGGCGAAAACUUUGUUCUCUGUCAGCAGACGGCGCGUGCGCUCUUAAAAAUUCAUGGUCAAUAUCAAUCAGGCGGGCAACUUCCCACGGCAAUGCAAUUUAUUGCACAGAUUGAUACACUCUGUCGAUCUCAGCCCCGCAGCAAAGAUCAGUGGCUUGAGCUCGAUACUGUUGCAGAACAAUUCGCUGUUCGCGCUGCACCGUCCGAGAUUCGGCUGGUUUUACAGCUACUUUGCAAGUUGUUUGCUCUUACGCAAUUGGAUGCCACUGCCUCGCAAUUUAUUGAGUCUGGUUGUAUCUUUUCCAGCGACAUGACAACUAUUCGCGCCAGUAUGGUGGAGCUUCUUGAUCUUAUCCGCCCGCACGCCGUGACGCUUGUGGAUGGGUUUAAUUUCUCGGACCACGCGUUAAAUUCUACGCUUGGGCGCUAUGACGGCAACGUAUAUGAGGCUUUGUACAAGUCUGCUCAACACGAUCCUUUUAAUCCCUCUUCAGAUAAGGUUGCCUUGCAUGAGUUGUUACGACCGAUCCGCGAAGAAAUUGCUUGUAGAUCUACAGUCAAAUCACGUUUGUAG